AUGGCGACUCCAGAGCUCAGAUCCCAGGUGACAUGCUCUGUUUGCAUGAAGAUUUAUACAGAACCCGUCAUGCUGGCAUGCGGGCACAAUUUCUGCCAUGGUUGCAUCAGUAAGAUAUUUGACAAUCAAGACAACAGAGAGUAUUUCUGCCCAAGGUGCAAGCACAAUUUUGGGAAACGUCCGGAACUGCAGAAGAAUUCGGCAUUGGCCAGCAUCGCUGCAUUGUUUCCUUCUGAGGAACCGGAGGAACGCCAACCUGUACAUUUUUGCAGUAAUUGCGUCACCUCUCCUGUACCUGCGGUGGCGUUGUGUGUACACUGCGAAGCUUUUCUCUGUGAUCUGCACAAAGAAGCACACAACAAGGGACCAGAACACGUCCUCACCGAUCCCAGCACUCCCCCGGAGGACAGGAAGUGUCCCGUCCACAAGAAGAUCCUGGAGUAUCACUGCCUUGAGGACGAAACGCGUAUAUGUUUACAGUGCCUGAUCUCCGACCACAAUGGACAUAAAAUGAGAAAAAUAAAUGACUCUUUGCAUCAGAAUGCAGAAAAUCGGAAAGCAAUUCUGGAGAAACUGUCCUCCAAGAAGGAGGAAACGGAAGCAAUGCUCCAGAGUCUUCAGAACCACAAGAAGAAGAUAGACGAAACAGCGAAAGAUGCAAAAGGGAGAGUGACCCGCCUAAUGAAAGACAUCAGGAGACAACACGAGGAUCUAGAGAAGAGAAUACUGACGGAUAUCUCCAGGCAACAGCAGCAGAUCUCACAAUCAGUCUCUGAUCAUAUGGAGCAACUGGAGAAGCGAAAGACGUACCUGCAUGAGAAGAUCAUUCAAGCCGAGGAGAUGGGUAAAAAGACUAACUCGUUAUCUGCCCUACAGGCUCCAUUUGAAGUGUUAGAUGAUGAGAAUAGCUUGGGCAGGGAUAUAGUGAGCAAAUUGAUCGAUGAUGUAGGUGGUCUGAAGGAGGACAUGAUCUUAGAGACCUUGUAUUCGGGGCUAUCAAAUAUCGCGAAGGGUGUUGAGGUCGAUGCCGGUGUGCAGAAAAUUCAAAGUUCAAUACCCCCUGCUGCAGUCCUCGAAAAUCCAAACAUUGAAAAUAAAAAUGUCACUAAUGGGCCACAGAAGCCACAAAUACCACCCCGCUCCAAGACGAUCCCAAAUAAACUCCCACAAGUCCCACCAGUUUGUAGAAACAAGAGCAGCACCCAAGAAGUGUUACUGGUGGUCAACACAGCUAGUAAAAAUGUUAUUAUCUCAAAUGACCAGAAAACCGUCUCCAGGUCAGACAAGUAUCAAAGCCGACCAGAAACUUUGGAGAGGUUUCUGAGUUCUCAUGUUUUAAGCUCUAGAGGGUUUUCCUCCGGAAAGCAUGAACUGGAGAUGGAGGUCAGUAAGAAGAUAGAGGACUCUUUGUUUAUAGGGAUGUGUUACCCCAGGAUAGAUAGAAGGGGAUCCCAGUCACCGACUGAAGAUAUUUGGGGAACACAGUUUGGGCUUUUUAGCUACGAGGAAUUGAGUGAAAUAAAAUGGGUGCGGAAACUAUCUUCUCAUGGAAUCAAAAUUAAAUUGGAUUAUGAAGCCGGCCAAUUGUCCUUCUAUGACUUGUCUGAUCCCAUCCAACACCUGCACACCUUUUCUGCUGAAUUCACUCAGCCCCUGCAUCUUAUGAUCAGUGUACAAGGCAGCGGAUGGGUUAACAUUUUAAAGUAG